UGUUAUGCAAUCGUGUUGCUGAUGUUCCGUGUUUCCGGCAACGUUAUUUUUAAUGUAAUGAUAGUCGCUUUUUUUAAAGUAGAAUAAUGAAAGAGCAAGUGCCAAGUCCUUCCAUAGUUCACAAAGGUAAUGAUUGACUCUAAGUUUUGCUUUUGUGAAAGAAAGGCGGACUUUUCUUAUCGUUUUUUCGCCUAUUUUAUUUACUGACGUAAUCCAAGUGGAGACACGAUUGCAACUAGAAAAGAGCAUUAUUGCCUUCUAGAAAUACAAAGUGGAACACAAUCCUAAGAGGAAGAUGACCUCUUAGUUCGACUGAUCAUCUGGAGUUGGUGCUGAACAAGGAAGUCGAAGUGACCAAGAGUCCUUGGAGUCAAAACUGAUACAAAAUGCUCCGAGGUUGGUUCGAUGCCUUUAGGGUGGAUGGAGGCCCUACUUUAUAUUCAAAUGCCAACAGAACGCCAGUUGUUGAAGAUAUCAAAAAUAUUCUCAUUUAUGUCACAUUCUCGACUCUCUUCAUUGCUUUUCUACUCAUCUUUCCGGGCAUCCGAAAAGAGAGAUUUUCAACACUAAUCACAGUGACUACCAGUCUUGUGGUCGGCGCUACAAUUCUAUUGGCCAAUAAUGGCACAGACUGGCAUGUUUCAGAAGCCUCCAUAAGCACUCCUUACAGAGCCUUUUCUAGAGAAAAACUGUUUGCCGACAUCAGUGUCAGGAUAGGAUUGAACAGUGUCAACGUCACUUUGCAAGCAAAUCCAAUUCAUAAGAAUAGCGAUGAGAUAAAUUACAAUGAAAGAUUCAAUUGGGUUGAAGCAACUCAACUGAAAGCUGAAUUUCGAGAGGCUUUAAUCAAAGGCCUUCCUUUUCCAAUCCUCACGAUAGCUGAGUAUUUAAGUCAGAAUAUGGAAGGUUUUUCAUGGGGCGGUAAAUACAGGAAAGCUGGAUACUAUACCAAUAUCAUGUUGUGGUCAUCUUUCGCUAUGUGGAUGGUAAUGAACAUACUGCUAUGCAUGGUUCCUCGGUAUGGCGCUUACACGAUGGUGUUGACUGGCUGGAUGAUCCUGUCUAGCAACGCUAUCUAUACUCUCCUUCUUCCGAAAGUACCUCUCAUCAUUCAUUUCGAAAUGCAAAUACUUACUUUUUCCUACGGUUGGUGUUUUUGGGCCCUGCUGGGCGCUGGUACCUUGUGCACAAUUGUAGGCACUUUAAUGUCCGUUGUGGACAAUUUCUUUCCUAACAAGUUCUCUACUAUUUUCGAAGUGGAUUACGAUACUCCCUACAGAUACUUCGUGGGACAGGACUCGACCGCAGUUCCACAACCACGCGAGCAUGUGUCUCUGCAGGCCUCAUUGCCUGCUAGUCCUGUCUCGUUCUCCAUCAUUGGAUCUCCUGGCUCUGCCGCCGGUCUCAUCAACGAAGGCUUCGAAGAAGACGAUGAUGACAAGAGCAGAGAUUAUGGGACCAUCAUCAAUGGAAAACGAGCUGUCAGCCUAAAAAAUUUCGGCAAAUUUGCGCAGAAAGAGGCCGGCAGAAGGAAGCAGCUCUCCUACAUGCAGAGAAAAAUCAACAGUUUUUCUGGACCUCAUUCGACGCGGGGAAAACAAGUUAAUAUAGAUAUGAAAUCCGCUGCUGCCAUGUGGUGAGAUAUGACCAAACCAAGUUUACCUGACUUGGGACACCUACAGAAAAGUUCCUACAUUUAAAUCAUUUGUUGCCUUCAUCAACUUCUUUAUGACGCAAUCAAAAAGCUACUUUUGAGAAGUGAAUGCCAUACAAUGUUUUAUUCCGCCAGUGUCAUUUUUGACUUUUUAUGGUUAAAACAAGUUCCAAUAUGGACGAGAAACUUUAUAAACGAAACUAUUCCAGAACUUGCGAACUUCUCAUCUGUGUAAAAAUGUAUCCAAGUGUGCUUAAGAAGAAUUAGUGCUGAAAAAGCAUAUAAAGCUGAUAAACUGCUAUUUAUAGAACAUGAAAGAUAAAUUAUUUUUGAUGUGUGUUGCCAAAUAUAUUUUUAGACUGUAUUCGGAUGAGAAUAAUACGAGAAAAAAACCUCCUAGGACAAUUUAGUGGCUGAUUUGAAUAUAACGAUUUUAAACUAUAUAUCUUUUCUUAUAGACCUUAUCAAGUGCUAUAUAUGAAGUUACUUACAUGUUAAUAUUGAAUUAUUUCAAUUACAGCUUUCUUAUCGCGUGCAAGAAGCUAGGAAAAUUUAUUUAUAAACUGUAAGUAAUAUUAAGUCAAACAUUGUAUUUAUUUUAUUGGUUUUAAUUUUUGUAAAAAUUUUUAGACCCCGUGAGUUGGUUUGGGUCUCGGUUUUGUCCAAAGAAGUCAUCUUUGCCAAAAUGGUUUUGUAUUUAUAUGUGUAAAAAAAUGUAAAUUAUUUAAUUUAGUGAUUAUUUGAAAGCUGUGCUUUAAACCGCUAGUCAUGUUCUGACGAUGGCG